AUGGCAGGGAGCAAGCUUCAGUUCCUUGGGGCGCUUUUGCUCGCUGCAGCGAGCACUGUACGCGCCGAGUGGGUCGACCCUGCUGUACUGGACAAGUGCCCUGGCUACAACGCGGAGAACGUCAACGCACAGGCCUCGCAGCUCACUGCAGACCUCGUUCUGGCUGGUAACGCGUGCAAUGUCUUUGGGAAGGAUGCCGAGAAGCUGAAGUUGGAGGUCACUUAUGAAACUGAGGACCGCAUCCACCUCAAGAUCACCGACCCCUCCACCGCUCGCUACGAGGUCCCCGAGAGCGUCCUUCCUCGGCCCUCUGCGGACUCUUCCACCUCUCCUUCGAACGCCUCUAUUCAAUUCACGCACACCACUCAGCCGUUCACCUUCUCCAUCCAGCGCACCUCCACCAAUGAGACGCUCUUCUCGACCGCCGACCAUCCGCUCAUCUUCGAGCCGCAGUACCUGCGCCUCAAGACCUCUCUCCCCGCGGACGCGAACAUCUACGGCAUCGGCGAACACACCGACACCUUCCGCCUCCCGACGCACAACCACACGCGCACGCUGUGGUCGCGCGACGCGUACGGCGUGCCGAACGCGACGAACCUGUACGGCAACCACCCCGUGUACUACGAGCACCGUCCCGGUGGCACACAUGGCGUGUUUUUGCUGAACUCGAACGGCAUGGACGUGAAGAUCAACGACACAGAGGGGAAGGGCACGACGCUCGAGUACAAUGUGAUCGGCGGAGUGCUCGACUUUUACUUCCUUGCGGGGAGCGAAACCGAUCCGACCGAGGUGGCGCGUCAGUAUGCGGAGGUGGUGGGGACACCUGCGGAGGUGCCGUACUGGUCUUUCGGGUUCCACAAUUGCCGCUAUGGCUACGCCGACUACGUCGAGGUCGCGGACGCGAUUUCGAACUACUCGGAUGCCAAGAUCCCGCUCGAGACGAUGUGGACUGACAUUGAUUACAUGUAUAAGCGCCGCGUCUUCACCCUCGACCCCGACUAUUUCCCGCUUGACAAGAUGCGCGAGAUAGUCGACUAUCUGCAUGCCCAUGACCAGCACUAUGUGCUCAUGACGGACCCUGCCGUGCCCUACCUGCCGAGCAGCGACUAUGCGCCAUAUAUGAAUGGCUCUGACAUGGGCAUCUUUAUGAAGAACCCUAACGGGAGCGAGGCAAUGGGCAUUGUGUGGCCGGGUGUCACCGUUUUCCCCGAUUGGUUCAACAACAAGACCCAGGAUUUCUGGUCAGGCCAGUUCCAGGCCUUUUACAGCCCCGAGACCGGCAUCGACAUCGAUGGCGCGUGGAUUGACAUGAAUGAACCCUCGAGCUUCUGCAAUUAUCCUUGCACGGAUCCUUUUGCACAAGCCGUUGAACAGGAUCUCCCGCCCAACCGCACGACCUCCGCGCCCAGCGGCAACACCACGAUCUUCCCCGGCUGGACUGACUCCUCCUCGAACUCUAAGCGCGAUGGUGCUUCAAGUAACGGCACCGACAACGGCGAAGGCGACUUCAACCUACUAAACCCGCCAUACAACAUCGACAACGCGGCGGGCGUGCUGAGCAACAAGACCGCGAACGUGACGAACGUGCACGCGAACGGACUGAACAUGUAUGACACCCAUAACCUCUACGGCACGAUGAUGUCUACCGCGACGCGCAACGCGCUGCUCGCGCGGCGCCCGGGAAAGCGCACGCUCGUCAUCACGCGCUCGACGUUCGCUGGCGCGGGCGCGCACGUCGGCAAGUGGCUCGGGGACAACUUUUCGACAUGGGACCAGUAUCGCGCUUCGAUCGCAGGUAUCUUGGGCAUGGCGACGGUGUAUCAGGUGCCCAUGGUCGGAGCCGAUAUCUGCGGUUAUGCUCAGAACACGACUGAGACGCUGUGCGCGAGGUGGGCGACGUUGGGUGCUUUCUAUCCGUUUAUGCGAAACCACAACGAUAUCGCUUCCAUCCCGCAAGAGUUCUACCGCUGGCCCUCCGUGGCCGAGGCAGCUCGCAACGCCAUCGACAUUCGCUACCGUUUCAUGGACUACAUCUACACCGCGUUCCAUCAAGCCCAUCAGGAUGGCACCCCCGUUCUCCGCCCGCUCUGGAUGAAUUAUCCUUCCGAUGCGAACACCUUCCCUAUUGACCUCCAAUACUUCUUCGGCCCGUCCCUCCUCGUCUCGCCCGUGACCGACGAGAACUCAACGAGCGUAACCUACUACCUCCCGAACGACACGUUCUACGCCUUCCCGGACUUCACGCCCGUCCAGGGCUCCGGUGCAAAUGUCACGCAGAGCAACGUCUCGUUCUCCGACAUCCCGCUGCACAUCCGCGGCGGCGCCAUCUUGCCCCUGCGCGCGCAGGGUGCGAUGACGACGACCGAGCUGCGCAAGGUGCCGUUCGAGAUCGUCGUCGCGCCCGAUGCGCAGGGCAAGGCAAGCGGCGCGCUGUACGUCGACGACGGGGAGUCGAUUACGCCGGACAAGACGACGGAGCUCACGUUCGCAUAUGAUCUCGGACUGCUGAGCGUGAAGGGCAAGUACGAGUACGGCCCGAUCGAGGUCGAGCGCGUCGUGCUCCUCGGUGUGGGUAAGAAGCCGAGCAAGGUCAGCGUGCAGCAAGGCGGUGCGCAGCCUGCUGCAAUGGGCGAGAGCGAGUGGACGUACGAUGGGGAGGCGCAGAAGCUCAAUGUUACCGUUGGGGUGCAGAUCUCUGGGGAUUUCAGUGUUAACUUUUCGUAAUUCUGGUUUAGUGACUUUUAUUCUAUCAUAAAAGCAAGCCUCCUAUUAGUUUUUAAUCACUUUAACGUCG